GUAGAGGGAGAGAGAGGGAGAGGGGAGAGUGAGGGAGCAAGGAAGGAGAGUUUAAGAAUGUCAAGACUGAAGUGGAGAGAGUAGAGGAGAGGAAGAGAGAAAGAGGUGAGCCACAGAGACUGAGACUCGACACAGGAGGAGAAGAGGAAGAGAUGACACUGAGAGCUUUGCUCUUUCUCGCCAUUCUGCUCAGUGGGGUGGGAGGUCAUAACCCCCCUAUCGUGAGCAACCUGCUUAAAGUUCUGGAGCACGAGGUCACUGGCUUUAGAGCUGUGUUCCCGAAAAAUUACAACACAACGCACUAUUACAAUGAGACUCUGCUGUGCAGCGGAGAGGAGGAGGAGUGCUGUUUGCUGCGUGCUGCCUCAGUCCUGUCUCAGGAUUGGUACUCUCUGCUCUCAAACCUCUGGCCAGAGAACAUGAAGACUAACAUCAUUAAGGAGCUGCAAUGGCAACUGAGCAGACUCACUGAGGAGCGUGUCAGCCCCCCAGUGGAUGUCUCCAGGCUGCCCCCCCUCUCCUCCUCCCCUGAGCAGCUCCUCUCCCUCACCUCCUCCCUGUUGAAGCACUGGCUCAGAAUUCACAGCACCCUAACUCACUCAUGUGAGGGGAGAGAGGGUGAGGGAACUGAGUGGGAGGGGGAGGCUGAGGCUGGGCCUGAGAGGGGAACUGAGGAGGAGGGGGCGAGAGAGAGUGAAAGGAAGAGGCACAAAGGAUUCCCAGCUACAGAAUCCCCUGCUGGACAAGCUGCGGUACUGCAGCGCACGCAGAUGGCUGUAAUCUGCCUAGCGACAGCGGUUCAUUGGAUGGGACUGUAGCCGCCAUUGACACAGCACUAGAGACACCUACUGGCCUGUUUGUAGGACUGCAGUGUAAUCCGCCUAGCGACAGCAGGUCAUUGAGCGGGACUGUAGCCGCCAUUGAACAGCACGAGGAAUUCUGGAUUGCAAUGUAAAUCUGCCUAGCAACACAAAAGCACUUUAUGGGAGCAAUUACCAGGACAUACUGCAUGGAUAAGUACUAUAAUUGCAUUUCAGUUCGUAUGAGAAACAAACCACAAUUAAACAAAGUUACAUCACAAAGUCGAAAUUAAGAUGUGACGACACAUAGCCUGUUUAUGACUUUUCCUCCUGUUCCUUCAGAUUCUCAGUACGUCUUUUAAACUGCCACCUGAUGUUUGUAUUUAAAGAAUUUGGUCAUCGGAGACGAAGAAAACAAAAACACAGCAAACGGAAACUGCUGAAUUAAACAAAAGCCUUGGUUUCGCUCUCUUGAGUUAUGAUGUCACCGGUUACAUGACAUAACAGCGAGUCCAAAACCACGGACAUUACAGCGCCCACGAUUACAGCGACUGCCCGUAACAGCGCUACGACAUCACCGCGUCGAGCAAUGAUUCAAUUCCCAUAAGACUGUGAAGUUCACAAAAGCAUCACUUACCAGGAACUCGGACACACGCCGCAGUCAGAGUGGGGUUCACCACAGCUUUUCUGAUUGCAGAAGACUAUAGGUUUUUUUUUUCACUGUUCCCAUACAGAUCCAUCAUAACUAGACUGGUAAAUACGAUAAGUAAAACCUCCAUGCAAUAAAAGUGUGUUUCCACAAGCAUUUUUAUAUAGAUUUUUUUUUAGUUUUUCACUUGUUGCAGAAUGAUAUUCACCACGUGUAUAUAUAUAUAUAUAUAUAUAUAUAUAUAUAUAUAUAUAUAUAUAUAUAUAUAUAUAUAUAUAUAUAUAUAUAUAUUUUAACUCCUCCACAGGACGCCCGGGAUUGGGCUAGGACUGUAUAAAGAAGGAUAGGACAAUCAAUCCCGUGAUGCAGUUCUGUACUCAAUUACACUACAGGUCCCAUUUAUGGAGCCUACUCAGUACUGAAUACAUUGCGGCGAUGCUGUGUUGCAGCGCCAGGAUAUACCGGUGUUUUUUUUGUUUUUUUUUUAAAUUACAAUACAAAAUGUCUUUAAUAUAAACUGACUGACUGUUAUUUAUGCAAAUUAAUGCUUGAUUAUGUCAAGAAAUAUUUUGCCAGGGCGAGCGUGAAUACGUUAAAGGCACUGCGAGUGCGCUGUGAAAGAGCUCUGCGGGCUGCAGAAACGCUCCACUGUUUAUAACCCCGCCCACUUGUGACAUCAUUGUCCUAUCCUUUAUAUAGUCCUAGGAUUGGGGACCGAUACACGGACAUGACGUGUUUGGAUUUUUAUAUGUAAAUUUUGUACAGAUUUGUUUUUUAAAUAAAGAGUUUAACUUUA